AAGGGCCACUCUGGCGCUUUCUGAUUCUGAGCUAGUCUGCACCGGCGAGCAGCCAACCGAAGGUAGAGAAGGAGGAAGAAGAAGACGCCGCCGCCGCCGCCGGGCUGGGCCAUGGGCAAGAAGCACAAAAAGCACAAGGCGGAGAAGUACCCGUAUGAAGAAUAUGUCGAGAAACCCUUAAAGCUUGUUUUAAAAGUAGGAGGAAAUGAAGUUGCUGAGCUUUCUACUCAGAGCUCAGUACAUGAUUCAACCCUUUAUGAGGACAAAAGUGAACAUGACAAACACAAAGACAAGAAAAGGAAGAAGAGGAAAAAGGCAGAAAAGCAAGUACCAGGUGAAGAAAAGGAAAAAAGGAAGCGAAAAGUCAAGGAGGAUAAAAAGAAGCGAGACAGGGAUCGUGGUGAAAGUGAAGGAGAACGAGAACUGAAAUAUCAGACCCCUCUAAGACUGGAACAUGAAAAGCCACUGUCAAGCAGUUUAGCAAAACAAGAAGAAGUGGAGCAGACACCACUUCAAGAAGCUUUGAAUCAGCUUGUGAGACAACUGCAGAGAAAGGAUCCAAAUGCUUUCUUUUCAUUUCCUGUGACUGACUUUAUUGCCCCUGGCUACUCCAUGAUCAUUAAACGCCCAAUGGAUUUUAGUACCAUGAAAGAGAAGAUCAAGAACAAUGGUUACCAGUCCAUAGAAGAACUAAAGGAGAACUUCAGAUUGAUGUGCACCAACGCCAUGGUCUAUAACAAACCAGAGACCAUUUAUUAUAAGGCUGCCAAAAAGCUGUUGCAUUCCGGAAUGAAAAUACUCAGUCAGGAAAGAAUUCAGAGCUUGAAACAGAGUAUAGACUUCAUGGCAGACCUUCAGAAAAGCAGGAAGCAGAAAGAUAAAGCGGAUCUCCAGUCUGGUGGAGAAGAUGAAGAUGGUCUUGGGAAGGAUGGAGACUCUGCUGAAACAGACCUCAGAGCCUUCAAAACGUCCAGCAAGGAACACAAAAAGUUGUUGUUCUGCAAGGGAAAAGACAAGGAUCUGCUUGAAGAAAGAAUAAGGAACAGCAAUUUAGAAAGGGAACAGGAGCUGAUUGAACGUAUCAUUAGAGAAUCAGGAGGAAAGUUAACAAAACGGCCAGCUAACGCUCAGUGCGAGUUUGAAAGAAGGAAACCUGAUGGCACAACCACCCUGGGACUUCUUAAUCCAGCCGAAAAUAAUGCAGCAGAACUAGGCCAUGGCUCUGUGAAGCUGGGUGUGUCGGCUGGGAGACUUCAGUCGGGCGUAAAUACGCUGCAAGGAUUCAAAGAAGACAAAAGGAACAAAGUUACUCCAGUGAUGUACUUGAAUUACGGGCCCUUCAGCUCUUACGCUCCAGCUUACGAUUCCACCUUUGCAAAUAUCAGCAAGGACAACUCGGAUUUAAUCUACUCCACUUACGGGGAAGAUUCCAAUCCAGGGAGUUUUAAUAUCAGUGAGUUUCUGGCAAAGUCUCAGGACUAUCCGUAUGUCAUGGCCGACAGCCUGCUGGACGUCUUGACCCAAGGAGGACAUUCUCGCUCACUCAGAGAACUGGAGAAGUUGCAGCCAGCAGAGGAAGCUGAAAGCCUGCGUGAAAGAACGGAUACAAUAAAGGACAUUGAGGUGAUCAUGGAAACGGACCCAGCUAGCAGGUUGGAUUCCUCCCUCAGUAAGGAGAGGCUGACUGCUCUGAGAGCAGUCACCAGUUUGGGGAUGCACACGGAAGAGUUUGACUCGGAAGAAGCCGAAAUCUUCCAGAGAAAACUUGACGAAACCACAAAACUGCUCAGGGAGCUCCAAGAUGCUCAGAAUGAACGGCUGAGCACCAAGCCACCGCCAAACAUGAUUUGUCUUUUGGGUCCAUCUUACAAGGAAAUGCAUUUGGCGGAGAGAGUGACCAGCAACUUAAAAGCUCUGGCUCAACAAGUGGCUCCAGGCGAUAUUGUGAGCACAUACGGAAUCCGUAAAGCGAUGGGGAUCUCAGUCCCACUACCAGAGGCAGAGGACACCUCUGUUGAUUUAACGGAAGAUGUACAGGAACCUCCAAAAGCUACCAGUGUCAUUGAAAAUGAAUGUGAGCCAGUUGGCACAUGAAGCUUCACAUAUUUAGAAUGAGUCUUAAGUGUUAAGACUUUCUCUUCUGGGGAUUUAUCCCAAUGCAUGCACAGGCCCUUUGUAUUUAGAAUUGUCUCUGGAAUAUUUGGAUUCUUAAUAAAAUCUUAAACAUCAAA